AAGGUCACAGGAACUCAAGUCUGCAGUAGAUGAGGCUGGGGACUGGCAUUCCAGAUGCUGCAGAAACACUGACUUAGGGCACUUGCUCAAUAGCCUCCAAGAAGCCCUCCAACGCAAGCGGUCGUGCCUCCAGGUAGACAUCCACUUCCUCUGGGACCACACUCCUUGCCCAGGGUGCUUCCUCUUCCAGGUAAUGAAAAGCCAGAUACUUCCCUCCACUCAGAGGAAUAGGGCCCUUCUGCUUCAGCUGCAGGUAUCACUUUAGCCUCCAGCCCCAGCCUGGAACAUUCGGCUACUGGCAUCAUGAAGUUCAGCCCAUUCCUUGUCCUCUGUGUCCCCCUCUGCCUGGUUGGCAUCGCCAGCUCAGCCCAUCUCAAGCAAGAGGCCCGGGAGCUGUCCCAAACUCUGCCUGCCACGUGUCAGCUCCCUCCAGCGAGGGGCCCCUGCAGAGGCCUCUUCUACUGGUACUUCUACGACAACACGUCCAGUGAGUGUGAGCACUUCGCCUACGGUGGCUGUCAGGGCACUGACAACAAUUUUGAGACCACGGAGAUCUGUUUGAGGAUCUGCAAGCACGCUGGUGAGUCCUCUUACAGGAACAGGAGAAGCAACGCUGGCGAUCGGGUGGUGGUGGUCGUGGGAAGGGAGACAGCAUGGUGGAGGAUGGUGGUGGGGUCAUGCCAUGAUAUUACUGUGAGAGGCGAUGGGGACGGGAAUAAUCAGAUGUGCCACCUAGAGGUGCCAGUAUGUUUGGUAAUGGGGGUGCUGGGGUGGAGGCAGCGAGGCUGUGGUUGACGGUGGUUUCGAUGGUGAAGAUGAAAGCAGUAUUGGUGAGUAGUGAGGCUUUUCUGUAGGUGGUGGUGCUGGCCAAGGGGAAGUUAGCAGUGUAACCUUCACCGGGGGCGAUGGUGUUGACAGAAGCAAGGAAGGUGUUGGUGGCAGUGAUCAAGGUGGGUAUGGUGGCUGUUGAAGGGGGUCGGUAAGGAGUCUAGCUGAUGGCUCUGGCCCGAGGCCACCUAUAUGCCAGCCAGGAAGGAAACGGACUGUCAUCUCUGUUACAGAGACAGGGUAAAGAGCAGCUGAAGACCAUGCCUGCAUCCUCCUGGCCUUGGCUGAAAGCUGGCUGGGCCUCCUUUCCUGCACCUAGUCCCUGCUUGGAACCCAUCCUGUAGCCCUCCAGGCCUGGGUCAAUAAAACAUUCAAAGUCGGUGUGGCUUGAAGUCUUCUUAUGAGGGCCCUGGGCCUGUCCUCAUGAAUUGCUCACAGCCACCUCAGCUCUCAAGGGUGAUCAAACCUGCCUCACCCCCAUCCCUACGCCCUCAGGCCCUUUGUUCUGUGCCCCCAGAAGAAGUAGAAGGACGGGGGGGGGGGAGGGGUUGCUGGGUGGUGCAGUUGGUUAAGUGUCCAACUCUUGAUUUUGGCUCAGGUCAUGACCUCAGGGUUCUGGGAUUGAGCCCCACAUUGGGCUCUGCACUCAGCGUGGAGUCGGCUGAGAUGAACUCCCUCUCCCUCUGCUCCUUCCCUGCUCAUGCGUCUUCUCUCUUUCUCACUAAAAUAAAUUUUAAAAAAUAUUUUUAAAAAAAGAAGAAAAAGGAUGAGGACAAAGGGCACAAGUUUCCUACCACCAGGGGGGCCUCCUCACGGAAGCCAGACUGAAUGCAAAUUUGGGGAUCUUGCACAUCUGUCCCCAAAUCCCAGCCACCUGCUCUUUGCUGCCUGAAGCUCUGCUGCUAGCCCUACUUCUACCCUUCCUGUCCAGCAGGAGCCAUGUCCUAGAGUGCGGAAGAGCUAGAAACCCGGGGAACCUUGGUCAGCCAGGUGGGAAUUUCCCUCCAUGCAGAUGGAUCUUGGAAAAAUGAGGAUUUCGUAUAUUCUUUCGAUUGUGGUACAAUAUAUAGUACAUAAAAUGCACCCUUUUACCCAUUUCUAAGUGUACGAUGGAGUGGCCUUAAGUAUGCUCACAUUGUGGUUCAAGCAUCGUGACCAUCCAGCUCCAGAACAUUUUCAUCUUCCUAAACUGAGACUUUGUGCCCAUUAGAACUAACUCCCCAUUCCCCUUCCCCAGUCCCGGGUCACCACCAUUCUACUUUGUGCGUCUAUGAAUUGACUGCUCCAGGUUCCUCAUAUGUGAGGAACCGUACAGUAUUUGUCCUUUUGUGCCUGGCUUAUUCCAUUUGGCAUAUUUUCAAGGUUCAUCCCUGUUGCAGCCUGUCAGGAUUUCUUUCUUUUUUAAGACUAAAUAAUAUUCUGUUGUUACAUAAUUUUUGGAAUGCUGGAUGGCAUCUGCCCUGACCAUCGCUGCCACCUCCCCCAUAAGCCUCUCCUGCUGUCCUACGCGUAUUCUGGCCACUCCCCCUUCCUUGAAAGAGAAACUACUGCCCAGGACCAAACAGCAAUACUAGAAUCCAGAACUUGGGAUUCCCAGACUAGACCCCUGUCCUUGGUGGUGUCAUUUGGUCCUUGGUGUACCC